CGGAUUAUUAUUAUUGUUAUCAUUAUUUGGCGAGGAAUGGCACAAAAAUAGCCUCCUAGAAGGAGACUGCCCGAGUUCUCCUUGUUUGAGGCCUAAAUAAAGCGUAUGAAAGUACCUAUUGGGGUUUAUAGCCUAAUUAACGGGGUUGCUCGAACUAAUUUUGGUAAACAUGAGAAGCAGAAUCGCAUUUCUAUUGUUGAUAGUUGAAAGGCUGUAUUCCAUUCUUUAGUUAUAUUUUUUCUAGGUUAUCCUGGUCUAUAUCUUGUAUAGAAACCGUCAGAUAGCUCUCCUAUUCAGUGCUCAGCUUUCAACCUAGUAUGUUUCGGAUAAGAGAUGAAAGAGUUGUCAUGGAUCCUGCACACCUAUAUACGAGAUGAACACCAAAACGCAGACGGAGGACCUCAUAGAGAACCAUCUACCGUAGGUUAUUCGGUAGGAACACUCUGUAGAGUCAAGGUAGGAUGAAGGGGAUGGAGGGGCGGGGGUCUGUGCCGUGAUAUGGAAAUGGAAGAAUAAAACUCCGAAGAAGAUGAGUCAGCCCGCGUGCCGGUGCCUGGUGCCUGACGCUUAUAUAAGGGACCCAAAAGCGGUAAAUCCAACACACGACAGCCUUGUAAGCCGGGAUGAGGGCUUCAGGCCUUGCUUUCGCUUGACGAAAUGCCCUGGAAAUGACGAUCUAUCACGGCCCGCAAGUUAGGAGGUCUCUGAAGCAAGCCAUAUAUUAAAUGUCUAGCAAUACCCCUCCUCUUCACAUGAAGGGACAUUCCGGACGGAAAGCGGAGUUCUCUGGACGGGGUAUUGGAUCUUGUGCGACGGAGGACGGGGAUAUCAAGGAUAUGUCGUUACCUAACCAGCCAGCAAGGCCGCAUGGAAUAACAGAGAGGAAAAUAUGAUACUCUGUACGGAGUACUCGUAUCAGCCUACCCAGAGCCCAUCCUUGCGGUGAGCAGCCAACUGUGCGAACGCCACGAAGCAUGCCAGCGCCCACGUUGCCAACACACCCAAGCUGACUGAUAGCAAGGAAGAUGACAAGAAACAUAGAGAAACUCGCCUUCUCGAGACGAAAACGGGGUUUACGAAAAAAAAGAAAGUGUGUGAGGCGCCAAAAUGAAGAAAAACACCUCAGGGUCACUUUGGCAGGAAAUUGCGCCCUCCCCACUGGCUCAUCAAUAGGGCAACUAUGAGUAACAGCAACACUGGGACGUCCCCUGGCUAACAAACCUUCAAGGCCGUUGGACCUGAGUAACGCAGAGAUCAAGAUCGGCACAGCUGCUCGGCCAAUCACUCCUUUCUCUUAGCAAAAAGCAAUGAGAGGGGAAUGAGAGAAAGGAGCAGACAAAGCUGUCGGGCGGCUCCAGAGGCUCACACGUAGCUUUGCAUUUAACUUUCUCGCAGGAAGAGAAAAAGAAAAGAGUAGUGAAAAAUGCGAGGGAUAGCGAAGAGGCUGCUCGUAUUUUCGGGAUGCGCCCUGGUCAAGUUUAGAUCCUUUAUUCUUUUAUACUUAUUUCGCCCCCAGCGCACCCUUUUCCCUUCUCUCUUCCUCUCUUUUUCUCCUUCUUCUUCUCUUCUUUCCAUUGCCAGUCAUUCAUUUGGACAGAGUCGCUCUUUACGCUCUUUUUUCCCCACGGCUUCGACUUCAGCUUUUACAGCUCCCACGCUCUUUGCAUUACUUUUGCCCUUUACUCGCGACUCUGCGACAUUUCCCUCCUUGCGACAAGCCACUGUAGCAGUACGCGCCCAACUGCCAGCUUAGACAUCUCGACCUUUCGUCUGCUCUGCUCAUCUAUAAAGACCGCUGCUUCUUCAGUUCUACCUUCAGCGACAUCUUGUCAAUUCGAUCUUACAUCUUAAACGCCGCCAAAAUGCGCUUCUUCAUUAGCUUUCUCUCAGUGCUCCUUGUGCUCUUCGCACCCUUUUGCGCCGCCGAAGACGUUGUCUACUCUACUUCCACUCACACUCAGACAGUGACUAUGACCAUCAUCCACUCUGUCUCCGCGCCUACUCCUAGCAUGAAGCCUCCGGUUAGCGCCAACAGCACUGCUCCCUACCCAUCUUCCAUGAUGACCAAGACCUGGGGCACCGGCACCGGCACCGGCAGCGUUCCUACUCCCACUGGCAGCAACCCUGCGCCUCAGCCUACCUUCAACGCUGCUCCGGCAAUGGUCGCCAGCUACGGCUCCGCUCUUCUCGCUGGCUCUGUCGCCCUUCUUGUUGGCGCUGCUCUCUAAGCCGAAUCACUCCUGGACAUGAACUCGACCUUCUGUCGCGCGCAAUAUUUCGGCAGUCAUCUUCCUCUCCUGGGCCGAUUUAUGGACUUUUCCCCCAACAAAGCUCACUUUAUUCACUUAUUAUUCUUCUCUUGACCCCCUUUCAAAGGCCCGGGAGGUUAUUUACGACGAUUUUCAGACCCUUGUUAUGUUAUAUGGAUAGUCGAAUGGCCUUUUUUCCUUUCUUACACUUCAACGACCUUCUAUUCUUCUACAUACCCCCUGUCAAUACCAUUUUUCACUUCUUUCUAGUGUGAGUGAGCAUACUGGCUCUGGCUCAAGUCAAUCAUAUGCGAACACCAUCUCCUCACCGACCUUCGUCUCUCCCCCUUUUAUCUUUUAUCUAUCUACUUUCUUCAGGGGAGGGCAGUGCCUCGACCUGGUCCAGCUUGUCUGUCAUAAGUCCUGGUACUAAAAUUUUGACAUUCAACUUUGCUUCUUCAACUUCUUCUACCUCCUCUACCUCCAUCAUCUCAUGUGAUAACGCUUCUUGAUAUUUAUACCCUUUUUUUCUACCAUCACCUUAACAUUGCCACAUUCAUA